AUGGAUUGGCUUUCUCUUACUAAAAUUCCUGGGAAUCCACCAAGAAAGACACCUACAAGAAUUCCACCUAUUUUGAAAGCUGGAAACUUAUAUCAAGACUGGAGAGGAAUAGUGAUAUCAGAUACCACAGUUCCAUAUACGAUGCUCAGCAAAGAAGAACAUCAAGCAAGAUUAAAGGAAAUAACGAGAAGGAAAAGAUCCAGGGAGAUGUUGCUGCUACAAAGUUACAAAAUAGAGAAACAACAGAGUGGUUCACAGAAACAUCAAAGGAAGUCUCCCAGAAGACGAAGACACGUUAAUAUAAUUAAUGAGAAAGUGAAAAGGAUUGGGCCACAUUUAGACAUAUAUGAAGCUUUCAAAAAAGUCAGAAAAGUUCCUACAACAGAAAAAAUUGCUUCAGCUGCUACCUGUAUUCAAAAACUUUUCAAAGGAUGGUAUGAACGUAGUAAAUUGAACAGAAUAAAACUGAAGGCUAAGAGCCAUGGACCAAAUAUAUUAGCUGUUAUAAAGGAUUAUCGUAAAAUGAUGUUUCGAAUUAAACGCUGUUGUGGCAUCUUGGAUACAAGUACACCACUAAUAUUUGAACAACUGGAAGACUGGCUUGACAAUAAACUGCUUUAUGAAACUAUAUUUCAAAAGAAAGUGGCCUGGAAAGAAAUAGAUAGAAAUGAGCUCCCAAAGUUUUUCAGAGACUGUGGCCGGUUUCCAACACAAAAGGAAAUUAAUACUGCAACAACUCUACUAUUGCAAGAUUCUGGUUCAAAAAACAUAAGCCUGACUAAGGCUCUAGUAAUCGAAAUUGCAUUUAUGUUAUAUCCUCCUGUUGGUCUCAAAUUGAAAACAGCCGCUGCUCCUCGGUCAACCUGGGUGAAACCAAUUGUUGAUGGAGAAGAUUCUUACAUGUAUCUAGCAAGAGGCCACCCAGUGCUAAAAUCAGCUGAUAUUCGAGUUGCUGGUGCUCUAGUUGCUGCAUCAAUACGAGAUAGAAAGAAGAAGGAGCAAGUGGAAGAAGAGGGAACAAAUGUUUUAGAAGACAGUGACUAA